UACUAAAGGUAGGAGGAGGGGCGACUGGAGUGUGUACCGACGCGUCUGUUGCAGCUUGAAUGUGACGGAGAUUAGUUUGUAAAUUGUUUGUAAAAACGUUGCUGGUAAUUUAAACGGAUUCGCCAUUAGAUCACAACACGCAGCUGAUUAAGCCGCUAUGCGGAGCAGCUCGUCAGCCUCGUGUCGCCUCGGCAGUCCUGCAGCAUGUGUGUUGACUCCUCGUGCUGGACUGGUGCACGCUGCCGUCCAACAUUUAAUGAUUACAAAAGAUUUUCAAGCAGCAUUUGACACGUGUGAGAGGGGACUGGAAAGUUUAUUUAGCGCUGAAGAUCAAGAAGAGUCGUGUUCCAGACAUGGUGAAUUGAAGGCAUCUUUUUGCAUAGUCGGAAUUCAAGCUUUGGCUGAGCUUAACCAGUGGCGUGAUGUCCUUCAAUGGGUCUUACAGCACUAUGGGGAAACAGAGAAAAUACCUGCCAAGAUCAUGCAGAUGUGCAUUCUUUUGUACACCAAAGUGGCUGAGCAGGCAGAAGUGCUGGAAGCAGUCCAAGCUUGGCUGCACUGCCCCAGUAACAUGAGCCAUUCAGGAUACAGCAGUGUAGCAGAGCUUUACAUGUUGCACAUCCUUCUGCCACUGGGCCAAACCAACAUGGCCAUACAGCUGCUGGAGGACGAAGUGGGCCAGGCUGCAUUUACUGAGGACCAGAGACAGACUGCACUAACUAUAGUAGACAAUCAUAGAUCCAAAAGAGAGUCCACUGUGUAUCCAAGCCCUGAAAGUGUCUCAGUAGAGGCAGAGACUACUGGCAGAGUUCAUACAUCCCAAGGGUUUUACCUUUUAGGUUCUCUGGUCCAACGGUUAAACGCUCUGGUGAGAUUGUUGUACAGAAGUCUUUCUGCAGCCAGCACUAACAUCAGGUCCCGUUCUCUUCAAAGAGCUUUUCUGCUUGUGUUCCUGCUAUACCUGCUGCUUGUCCGCAAUGACCCAGCUUUGCCCUCAGCCUAUCCAUGGAUCCUUCGCCUGUACAGACUCUUCCAGCAGAUGUGGAACACCAUGUUCGGACCAUAUUACAGAGCUUUCUCCUGAAACCUUAAGUAGUUCUCAGCUACGUAAAGAAAAACAACACUGGAAAUACCAAAAGAGUAAAAGCUACUGUAACACUCAAGUACACAAAUGCUCUUAAGAACUAAACUUGUCAGAAGUGUUUACAUGCCAUGUCCUAAGAUUUGUAAGGUUUAUUCCCUAUUAAUUAAGAUGUUUAACCUUCAAGCUGCAUUAAACACUUCUUUCGAGUGCAUGAAAUUUAAUGUAAUCCUAAGGAUCAGCUGUCCAACUUUUAUUUUACAUUGUUAGCAUUUGGCAUCCUGUCCUAUAACCCUUGUUGGUGUAUCAUGAUAAACGUGUCUGGCCGGGAGUCAAACCCUAGUCUGCAAUUUUCAAAGAGGUCUAGAGUUAAUAUAUUCUGUAAGCAGCAGCCUGCAAGCGUGUCAUUUAUUUAGUUGUGGGGUUAGAGAUUAAAGCAUUAACUGAGAUUAAAUGAGUCACCUAACUACUUAAACUAAGUUGUUGUGUGUUGUAGUUUUAAACCAUAAUUGUUUUAAACUAAACCCACCAAUGUGAAACAUGCCAAUACUGUUGCACUGCUACAUGAACUGCAAUAGAAAUAAAAAAUAAAUAGAUCUGUA